UUAAAAUGAAGCAACAUCUGAUGCAGAAACUGCAGUUAUGUCUCCACCUUGGUGUGUUUACCUGUGUUGGGAGAGCAGAGGACUGAGGGACAUGCCUGAGGUAAGAGCUGAUUGUGGAGCAGCUGUGAAGCCCACGGGAAGCUGGGAAAGCUCAUGAAAUCUUUAUCAAGGACAUUUGCUGCGAAAAGCCACCUCGGGCUAAUUAGCCUCAACUCUCAACAGAGAAAGAGAGCAAAGAGGAAAAAAAGGCAGCAGAUGAAUAAAUCAUAGGAGCCACAUGUUCAUGAGAACAGUGUCAGUAUUUCCGACAGGACGCGAAGGCAGCAGCAGUAGCAGCGCGUGUCUACCGUGCUCGGAGAGGGAGCAGCAGCCGCAGAGCGAUGAAGGAACCUGGAUCGGAAGUUCACCUGUCCGCUCUCUGCACACGGAUGGUUACUGGUGACUUGUUCCGCGCGCUAACACGUGGGCAGCAAGAGUUUAUUUUUCUGAGAGUUUAUGCAUCACGUGACGAGAGAAAACAGACAGAACACAUACUGAAAACACGCAGGACUGUUGGAGAUGAGGAACGGAGGCUUGCUACAAAACAUCAAUGACUGAUCUUUGACCCUCGUGAGACGGAGCCAGCCUGGGUCCAGGCAGAGACAUGGAGAGCAGCCCAGGAUGGAGCACCACAGGACUCAACAUCACAAACUGCACUGGCCCACCUGCUGGCAGCCUGCAGGCAGUCCACUUCACCAACUUGAUGGUGCUGGUGGUGGUUGUCCUCGGCCUCUUCGCCCUCCUCACAGCACUCAUCAAUGGCGCCGUCAUUCUCGCCAUCUGCACCACCAAGAAGCUCCACCUGCCCGCCAACUACCUCAUCUGCUCUCUAGCCGUCACAGACUUCCUGGUGGCGCUCCUCGUGAUGCCCAUCAGUAUCCUCUACAUCACCACGGAGAAGUGGUCCUUGGGUCAGGUCAUGUGCAAGGUGUGGUUGAGCGUUGACAUGACCUGCUGCACCUGCUCCAUCCUGCACCUGUGUGUCAUUGCCCUGGACCGGCACUGGGCCAUUACCAAGGCUAUUGAGUAUGCUCGCAAGAGGUCACCCCACCGCACCGCCAUCAUGGUGGGAAUAGUCUGGGUCAUAUCAGUUUUCAUAUCCAUGCCGCCAUUAUUCUGGACUGAGAGGCCCAGCAGUGGCAGCCUCCAACACUGCAUCAUAGAGCAUGACCACCUGGGAUACACUAUAUGCUCUACUUUAGGGGCGUUUUACAUCCCCAUGAUCAUCAUUCUUAUAUUAUACUACAGGAUUUACAACGCCGCUAAGACACUUUACCAGAAGCGCGGCUCUUCUCGCCACUUCAGCAGUCGCAGCAUGGGCAGUCAGAAGUCUGCAGACCAUUUCCGUGUCCCCCACACAUUUUGUGUCUCAGACUUGUCUGACUCAGAUCCCACGCUGCCUACUGACAAACUCAACACCACUGUCCACAUCCCAUCCUUUCAAACAGACAUGGACAGGCAGGAUGACAGGAACCAGAUAUGUAUGUCACGUGAGAGGAAAGCAGCACGAAUCCUCGGCCUCAUCCUCGGGGCUUUCAUCAUCUGCUGGCUGCCUUUCUUUUUAAAGGAGCUUCUGGUGGGUCUGCAGGUUUUACAGCCUUCUCAGCUCGUCUCAGACUUCCUGACGUGGCUGGGUUAUAUCAAUUCUCUCAUCAAUCCCGUGCUGUACACCAGCUUCAAUGAUGACUUCAAGCUGGCGUUCAAAAAGCUGCUCAAGAGAAAAGAGAAUACAUAGGUCUGAAGUUAAAAGGGAAUGUAUACACUUUAAUCUUAUUUGCAGUUUAUCUACUGGCAGUGUGAUGUUGUGCAUCACGAUAAAAAAGUUGCAUCUCAUCCAACAGUGUAUUCCAUGGUUUUCAAAAUGAAAUAAUUGAUUAUAAUACAUUUAUCACAUAAUCACAUCUGUUUAACAGUUGGAACUUGAGUGACUCUUGAAAUGAGACAUGUUGGUGUCACAUUCUGUGUAGGCUCCACAGUAAAACUUUUACCAAAACAUAGUCUAGUUGGGACUGUUGGACUGUAGAAAUCACCAUGUAAUCAUCCCCUCAUUUCUUUCACAUCCUCACAAGUCAACAAGCCAUGUGUGUGAAUUUUUUCUCACUGAUAUUAGUCACAGGGAGCCACAAACGUUAGGGGUCAUGUUGUGCAGCCUAAAUUCAUCACUCUUCAACAACUGUUAGAAACCUCCACAGGCAGCUGGCCUGAGAGACUGCUGAGUGAAUAUAUUCCACGUGCCUUGGUUGUGUUUGUGCCUUAUCCAUGUAGUCUUGGGAAACAAUUUUUUGUCUCUUUCAAUACAUUAGAUUCACACACACACACACACACACACACACACACACACACAGACAAAGAUGUGUAAAUCCCAGAGUCAGUCACCCAUAGUUCCACGUGUCAGCUCAUCUAUAAUUAUACUUCACUAUGAUCAUCUACAUUCAUGCUGACGAUCUUAUCACCUGUCGUUUUACUAUCAUGGUAAUAUCAACACAUCCGAUCACUCCCUGCCUGUCUAACCUGUCAUUAGCACAGUUACAUAUCACUGCUUCUCAUACACACAUCUGAACAUGCACAAACGCAUUACCCACACACCCUAAUCUAAUCUAAUCUCCACUCUCUAAUUAUUAUUAUUAAUAAUAUUAUAGCUGGAGGGAAAAAAAUGAGCAACUCUUAUGAUCUACAGUAAAUCGCUGUCUUAAAAAUAAUAAUUUUAAUAAUUUUAAAGUGGACUUCCUUUGCUUUCAGUGCAAUUGGAAACAUUAAUUCUUAAUUUCUCAGCUUUGACUCUGAAAAAUGCUGUAAAAUUUAGUUUUUGUUUGAAGAAAAUGGAUCUACUGUGAUUCUUUGUCAAAAGCUUUCUGGAUUGUGGUGCUGGGCAAUUUUAUACAUACAUACAUAUGUAUAUCAAAAGGACAAAACCAAACUAUAUACGUAGAGGUAUCGUGAAAGAAAACAAAGGUAAUAAAGGAAAAUAUUUAAGGCUUUUCAAGUUUCGACUGUUUUUCUGUUCCUAAGUCAUGUAAUGAAUCAAUAUAGUGUCAAAAUAUUAUUUUGAAUUGUUGUAUUUGUGGUUUCUUUUUAGUCCAUUUGCAUUGGUGU